UGUGCAGGCCAACUGUCAUGGACACUGGUGCUCGUCUCAGGGAAGCUAUACACAUACUUGCACCUUUUGUUUUAUUAUACGUGUCCAUAUAUAAGUAAAUAUAAAACAAAACUCACCAUGCUAUAUGUAUUGAACGAGCUUGUAUUUUCAUUAGCCUUAUAUUCAAAUCUUGUUAAUCGUACGAACGUAUAUUUACGAUCUUCUGAUCAGUCUACAGACAUUGACUACCUGUGAUUUCCUGGACUUAUAUUUAUUUAUCUUCCGUUCAAACGUUAGUUUUAAUUCUUAAUGUCUAAAAUUUUUUAACCUCAAAUUAUUGCAAUUUUAUUAUAUUAAGUUUUCUAAAAGAAAAAAACACAAAUUUAUUAUUCUGUUUGUUUACAGUUAAGUUUAUCAUACAUUUUAAGCCAUGGUUGACAGCCAGUGCACAGUUAAAGAAUUAGAUCUAUGGAUUAAACAGUUAUAUGAAUGUAACCGACUCUCUGAGACUCAAGUGAAAACAUUAUGCGAAAAAGCUCAAGAAAUUUUAUCCCAAGAAUCUAACGUGCAGCAAGUAAAAUGCCCAGUGACAGUAUGUGGGGACAUUCACGGCCAGUUCCAUGAUUUGAUGGAACUUUUCAGCAUUGGCGGUCGAAUCCCAGACACGAAUUACCUUUUCAUGGGAGAUUAUGUUGACAGAGGAUACUAUUCAGUUGAAACCAUAACACUGCUUGUUGCUUUAAAGGUCAGAUAUAAAGACAGAAUAACUAUACUUCGAGGAAAUCAUGAAAGUAGACAGAUUACCCAAGUUUAUGGAUUUUAUGAUGAAUGUUUGAGGAAGUAUGGGAAUGCUAAUGUUUGGAAAUUUUUCACAGAUCUCUUUGAUUUUCUUCCUCUAACAGCAUUAGUAGACGAAGAAAUAUUUUGUUUACACGGUGGAUUAUCCCCUUCAAUUUACAACUUGGACAACAUAAAUACCUUGUUCAGAAAACAGGAAAUACCACAUGAAGGUCCAAUGUGUGAUCUUCUUUGGUCUGAUCCCGGUACACACAACGGUUGGAGCCUGUCACCGCGAGGCCUUGGUUACACAUUUGGCAAAUGUAUUUCAGAACUGUUCUGUUACUCAAAUGGUCUUUCCCUUAUAUCUCGUGCUCACCAGUUGGCCAUGGAGGGUUACAAUAUGUGUCAUGACAACAAUGUAGUGACAGUGUUUAGUGCUCCAAAUUAUUGCUACCGAUGUGGUAACCAAGCAGCCAUCAUGCAAAUUGAAAGUGGCUCUAAAUAUUUCUUCUUACAAUUUGAUCCGGCUCCCGUGAAAAGAAAACCAAAUUCAGAUCACCCAGUUCCAGAUUAUUUUCUUUAAAGCCGGACUUUUAGUACAACCAUCAACAAUAUAUACUU